CUGGUGAUAGGGGAUUGUGGGGGACUGGAUGUAGGUAGGACAUCUAUAUACUUAUCAUUGACCCAGUUUGUCUCAGUGACCACUGAAUGGUAUCAGGGGACACAAGGUCAAUCUCGGAUAGCUUCAUAACUGAUUCCGUUCAAAAAUAACAGCUGUGAUCAUAUGCAGGAUUGCGGACGUAAAGACGAUGCCUGACAACAACGUUGCACUACACAAAAUGUCGGCCCUGGAUAACCCGGGGUUCGAGAAUGACAGCUCGGACUGUGAGAAAAACGGAAAUAUACCAGCUGCCCCCGAGGAGCCGGAAGACCGGGGUAACCUGUGUUCCCGGGGGGUGGGGACUGUACAGACAGCUGUGACGUCAGCCUUCACCAAGCAUCAGAAGGCGGUGUGGAUGGUGAUCAAGUUCCUCAUCAUGGGCGGAUACAUAGGCUAUUUCGGCUAUGCGAUGUAUUACAGGUUUGGUGACGAGGGGUCCUACAGGCUGAUGGUGGUCACGGUUCUCGGGGCUGUCAUCCUGCUGUGGGGCUUAGGGGGAAGCUACGUCGUGAACGUCAUCAACAGCUGCUACAGAGGUUGUGUGCAAUACCACGGCAGGAAUAGAUGCCGAAUAUUUGGCAUCUCUCUCAGAUGGUUCCUGUACGUGUCCGCGGCUAUAUUUAUCGGGGUGUAUACGGGCCUGGAAAUCGGGAGGACCCAGCCGAGGAACCUCAUGUCCCUCAUUGGCAUCGCAUCCUUCAUCUUCAUCAUGUACAUCACCAGCACGGACCCCGCCAGGGUGAACUGGCACCCUGUGUUUUGGGGGAUGGCGAUCCAGUACAUAUUCGCCUGUCUUAUACUGAAGACUACGUGGGGGUACGGCGCCUUUGAAUGGCUUGGAAACAGGAUGACGGAAAUUCUUGGUUAUUCCAACACAGGGGCUAAGUUUGUGUUCGGGGACAACUAUGAAGACCACAUGUUUGCCUUCAAGGUUCUGCCGGUCAUCGUGUACUUCAGCUCGCUUAUCGCUGUCCUGUAUUAUCUCGGAGCGAUGCAGUACAUCAUCAGGAUACUGGGCAAGUUCCUGUCAAUCUGCCUCGACACGAAGGCUACAGAGUCCCUCAACGCUGCGGGUAACAUCUUCGCGGGAAUGACCGAGUGCCCUCUUAUGAUACGUCCAUUUUUGCCGUUGAUGACGAAAUCAGAGCUACACGCCGUUAUGACCGGGGGUUUCGCCACGGUAUCCGGGAGUGUUCUUGGCGCGUACGUCACGUACGGGGUGAAGGCCAACCAUCUCCUCGCGGCGUCCGUGAUGUCCGCUCCGGCCGCUCUGGCCAUCUCCAAACUGACCUACCCCGAGACGGAGGAGUCGGACAUCGACCCAGAGGAUGUGUACAAGCUGCAGAUGGACACCCCAAAUAACGUCAUCGAAGCAGCGUCCAACGGGGCCUCCGUCUCAAUCAGUCUUGUUGCCAACGUCGCCGUCAACGUCAUGGCGUUCCUGGCGUUGCUCCAACUCGUCGACGCGUCACUGAUAUUUCUGGGAGACAGAGUCGGCAUUGAAGGUCUGACCUUCCCCCUGAUCUGCUCCUAUGUGUUCUACCCAAUCAGUUUUGUGAUGGGUAUUGACCCCGUGGACUGUCGCCGCAUGGCCAGGCUGAUUGGCUUCAAGACUUUUACCAAUGAGUUCGUGGCGUACAUUGAGAUGGGGAAGCUGAUAGAUAAUGGCCACAUAUUUGACAACUACACAGCGUCAGUGCCCAACGCCACGUGGGAAACCAAAUCCAAUGAUGAUAUAUUCUUGACGGAUUGGGGCACGACAUUAGUUGGUGGAAUUAUGCUGCCCCGGUCUCAGGUUAUCGCAACGUACGCCUUGUGUGGGUUUAGCAAUCUCGGCUCCAUGGGGAUCCAGAUUGGCGGAUUAGGAGCCAUGGCUCCAUCUAGAAAGUCAGAUCUAACAGCCUUAGCUCUGAGGGCGAUGAUAGCAGGCAACGUGGCCUGCUUUUUGACGGCGUGCAUUGCAGGCCUUUUCUACAGUGGUGAACUUUAAGCUGUAUCGUGAUGCCACCACAGAGACUCGAACCAACGGUUGGGACAAACGAAUUGGGCAUAACGAUAGUGAAAAUGUUUAAAAGUGAGAGUCGGGUCAUCUAGUAAUUUCUCACCAUUGCUUUCAAAGACUAUAAAGUUACUAAACUAAGCCAGCCCUCACGUCACUUCCGGUGUCAGAAAGAAAGGAAUACGGGCCGGGUCUAAAAUAAACCAUUUUUUUUGUGCCCCAGUUUCUCAACUGGGGUAAUACGGUAUGCCCAUCACCACAUCUGACCCCCGACAUCACCGGAGACAGUCACAUACUUAAAGAGAACAAAUCUCCAAUUGGAAGCACCAUCAAUCUUGAUUCAAAAUCCAAAUUUCGUAUCUUGUGCCAUGCCAUAUUAACUACAGGUAUAUGAAGGAAUCGGGUGGUCCUUAACUUCUUUUGAGUAGUUUACCUUCCUUUAGGCCAUAUGCAUAAUGCAUGAACAGCUGUUUUACAUCUUCAUCCGUACUGUGGCAGCGUAAAGUUACGUUGGAUGAUACACAAUCGGUUCAUGAACGUUGGUUUGACCACUCGACAAUAGCCAUUUGUGGUUUGCUGUCUUCGCACAAGGUUCUUAUGUAUUUUUUUCUACAAAUGCAUCUUUUGUCAAAUCUAUCAUUGACCAUCUUCCCGAGGCAUCAGAGUUAACUGACUAUAUAAGUUCAGUUUCCACCCUUGCCGAACUAGGCUGGAAUUAUGGAGUUACAUUUUAGUCUGUAACGAGUCUAUGCAUAGUCCAAUCAAAAUCGCUCAACGAAAUCGAAUUCCGGUUAUUUAACUGUCGUGCAGAUUUCGGUCGAUUGCAGGAUUUGCAAAGCAUGUGCACCGCCAAUUCGUUGUCAACAGAUAUUUUCUAAGUCUUUUCAUGUUUUUGAUCAAGAUGCUCAUGUGAUUUGAUGCACU